AAAGGCUAUCAUCUUCAUAAGCUUAAUUUUCUUGAUCUCUCUUUCUUUCUAUAUAAUCCACAAUAAACCAGCUGAAAAUCCAUUUCAGCUCAUAUACUUAUAUAUCAUGAUGAAUAGUAAUAUCACAAGAUCAUCAUCAUCUUGUUACACCAAUUUAUUAUCACCCGACGAUGAAGAUCAAAUCACAGGUAGUUUGUCUCUUCAAAUGUACUCCAAUAAUGUCAACAAUGGUAAUAUUCCAUCUUCUUCUUCUUCACUCCCACCGCCUCAUGACCAUGCUCAGACCGAUCAUCACUACUCAACCACCACCACCACCACCACCAGCCUCAGCUCAAUUCUCUACACUCUUUCCAUUCUCAAACACAAGGUCCAGCAGCUUCAAUCUCUGGCCGCCAUCCUUCUUUCUCCGCCGCCAGCCGCCGAUGAUGAUCAGCCUGAAGCAGCAGGCUCCAUGGCCAUAGCCGCCGGCGUGAACAUGUACAAUGCAAUCCAAGAUAUCAUUGCAGCUUCCUCUUCUAUGAUGGUCACUUUUCAACAGAUGGGGAUUUUGUCAACCACGGCCUCUACCACAGAUCAUAAUAACAUUAGUAAUACUAUUCAAGAUCAAUGGCAGCAGCGUCUUAACAAGGUGAUCAACAAUCCUCAACCAAAUUUCUAUUCUAGUAGUGAAACUGUUUGGUUCGGUACUAGUGGUCAGGAUCAUCAUCAUCAUCAUGAGAUCUACAACAACACUACUACGACUACUACCAAUACUUCUUCUUCUAUUGAUAAUAAAGAUGUUAUUAACAAUACCACAAGUAAUACUAGUAGUCAAGAUCAUCGAAUCAUGACCCUUCAAAGUAGAGAUCAAAGGGUGGAUCAUCACCAAAACAUGACUAGUUGUACCUUAUUUCCUAGUGAUACUACUACUACUCCUCUAGUUCUAAAGAGUGGAACAAAACGGUCAAAGAAUGAGAAUGAUGAUAAUAAUAAUCACUUCGACAUAGUUGAGUUGGAAGCUGCGGAUUUAUUGGCCAAAUACACACACUAUUGUCAAGUUUGUGGGAAAGGUUUCAAGCGAGAUGCCAACUUGCGCAUGCACAUGAGGGCUCAUGGAGACGAGUACAAGACUAGCGCAGCCCUAAGCAACCCCACCAAGAACAAGAUUAUUAACAAUACUAUCAUGAUCAGUAGUAGUGGUUGUAGCAGCGAUUGGAUUAAUCAUAGUAAUGGUAUGAUGAUGAGUUUGCUGCCUAAGAAGUACUCGUGUCCACAAGAAGGGUGUAGGUGGAACAAGAAGCAUGCCAAGUUCCAACCUUUGAAGUCGAUGAUUUGUGUGAAGAAUCACUACAAGAGGAGCCAUUGCCCUAAGAUGUACGUGUGCAAGAGGUGUUCUAGGAAGCAAUUCUCUGUGUUGUCUGACUUGAGGACUCACGAGAAGCACUGUGGGGAUCUCAAGUGGCAGUGCUCUUGUGGGACAACUUUCUCUAGGAAGGAUAAGCUUAUGGGGCAUGUGGCUUUGUUCGUCGGACACACUCCUCUCACCAUCGCCUCUUCUUCUACUUCUCGCUCUCGUCAUCAGAUCACUACUCAGCUUCCUCAUGACCAUAAUAUGAUAAAGAUGAUGGACCAGUAAGAUUGAUCAUAUAUA